UCCGCAACCCUCGCCGCGUUAUCAUCGAGGUAGUUUUUAGCGCGCGAUACAUCUACCGUAAGCAUCGCUAGCCGAUUUCAUACCUCCUUCCGGGCCGCUUUGGAGGGUUCUCUGCGUUCCCCGCCAACACUCCACUACUCCCUGCCCCCUUCCGCGCGGCAAUGGCGGACCCGAUGGACGUGGACGCCGCGCAAGCCGGCUUGCGGAAGGCACAGGACAAGGGGAAGCGGAAGCUGGACGACGGGGGGAAGGGCAAGGGGAUGGCGGAAGACGCGGCGGACGGGUCGCGCGGCGCCGCGAAUGUCGCCGCGAUGCCGUGGGUGGAGAAGUACCGGCCAAAGUCGCUUGCUGACGUGGCGGCGCAUAAAGACAUCGUGGAUACAAUCAGCCGUCUCACCUCAUCCAACCGUCUCCCCCAUCUCCUCUUGUACGGGCCGCCCGGGACCGGCAAAACAUCUACCGUGCUGGCGGUGGCGCGGCAGCUGUACGGGGCGGGCGGCGUGCGCAACAUGUGUUUGGAGCUGAACGCCAGCGACGAGAGGGGGAUCGACGUUGUCAGGCAGCAGGUGCAGGACUUCGCCUCCACGCAGUCCAUCAGCUUCGGCGCCAAGGCGGCGGUGAAGCUGGUGUUGCUGGACGAGGCGGACGCCAUGACCAAGGACGCUCAAUUCUCGCUGCGACGAGUGAUUGAGAAGUACACCCGGAGCACGCGCUUUUGUCUCAUCUGCAACCACGUCAGCAAGAUCAUCCCCGCCCUCCAAUCCCGCUGCACGCGCUUCCGAUUCGCCCCGCUCUCCUCUGCUGACGUCACUGCCAGGCUCAGACACGUCAUCCAGGAGGAGGGUCUCGAUGUGACAGAUGGCGCGCUGUCAGCCGUUGUGAGCCUCAGUGCCGGCGACAUGCGCCGCGCUCUCAACAUCCUGCAGUCCACCCACAUGGCAUGCGCCGGCACGAUAACCGAGGAGGCGGUGUACUCGAGCACAGGCAAUCCCAUGCCCAAGGACAUCCAGCAGAUGGCGCACUGGCUGCUCAACGAACCGUUCUGCACCGCACUGCAACGCAUUCUGAGUGUGAAGGAGGUGAAAGGGCUGGCGCUCAUCGACAUCGUGCGAUACCUGCAUGGCUUCAUCGUCACCGUAGACAUGCCAGCGGAUGUGCGCAUCGACCUCUUCGACGCCAUGGCCGACAUCGAGUACCGCCUGACGUUUGGUACGAGUGAGAAGGUGCAGCUGGGGGCGCUGGUGGGGGCGUUCACACAUGCCCGGGCCAAGCUGGUGGAGGGGGCGAAAUAACCAAACCAGGUUGUUCACUUGGUUUGACUUGGAUCGUUGCAACACACACAUGUAUGCAUGCAUACUUACAUGCUGCAUGGAUACCUGCAUGCAUACAUGCUUACAUUCAUGGAGCGUGCAUAUAUGCAUACACAACAGGUGCACCAAAGUGCAGCAGCUGGGAGCGGUGGGCGGUGUCAGAAACCCAGUCACUAACCACUGGGUUAAAAGGGCUUGUUGAAUAGCGGGUAAGUGCGCCCAUAGUCCCUCAGGCUCUGCACCUGUGGCCCUUCCCCGAGGAUCUCAAGGGCAAUCCCAGCGGGUCACUCAACACCCCCCCCCCCCCGCUGGGAUAGGUGGAAGACACUAGCACCUCUGCACCGCUGGCACUAGAAGUAGAACCCAAGACCUUUGGCUCUGAUGUACCAUCUCAGAAACCCAGUCACUAACCACUGGGUUAAAAGGGCUUGUUGAAUAGCAGGUAAGUGCGCCCAUAGUCCCCCAGGCUCUGCACCUGUGGCCCUUCCCCGAGGAUCUCAAGGGCAACCCCAGCGGGUCACUCAACAGGCGGCGCCUCAUGGGAGGAGGCAGCAAGUGGAGGAUGAACAGUAGGGAGGAAGGAGGAGAAUGCAGUAGCUUGGCGGGCGUAGGAAGCAACACUUCCUGUUGGACCUUUCCCUUGCAAGAGGCUGUGCUUAUCUGCAUUUGUAGUAGAUGGCACGAAGCAUGCCCCUGCACACCGGCUCCACUUUAAUCCAAAUCUUGGCUCAAUCUUGGCUCAAAUAAUUUCAGCUUCCUCGCAGUUUCCUCUUUAAAAUUGACUUCAUCCAGACCUGCAGUGUACGCUCUGGCGUACAUAAAAGUGCACCUUCCUCAGCAGCAAGCAUUCAAGCCGCAGAGUGAGGAUAGGAUAAUUUCAUCCACUAACAACGUGAGGAUGAGUGCCAUUAUCCUUUCAAGCUGCAGUACGAGGUAUUCUGCAAGCCUGCCAGCAACUUCAUCCACUAACCACGUGCACUGCACUUAUAGCCCCAAGCUUUCAUCGACAGGAGAUGCUCAUCACGCUUUGAUCAUGAAUAAUUAUCAAUUUACAGAGAGAUAACAAACAGUGAAAUUGAUAAAUAGAGAGAGAGAGUACACAAACAUAUACCUAACUGUUGUACUCUCUAGAAGAUGACCCUAUACAGUCUAUACAAGCAUGAUAACUAAACAUGUUUGACAAGAGAUGACCAGGCAUGCGGGGCGCCCAACACGCUUGUCGUACUGGCCUGCCUUUGCCGUGCGCAAAAUUGGAGGAGCCCUACUGUCAAACAUAUAUUUGCUAUGUUUCUAUAGAUUGUAUAGGUUUGUGCCUUAGAGGGUACAGCCCUUAGGUCAUAUACCCUUGUACUCAUGCCAUCUACUCAUUAUUCAAUUCUGAUAUGGUAUUAUGAGUAGGUAGGUCCCACCGCCCGCCCACGCUUCCGCCCUAGGUCCUAGCCGCCCGUUACCUUCCUAGCCGCGCCGGCCCUCGCGCCCGAUCCCAGCCGGCCCUCGCGCCCGUUCCAGCCGGCCCCUACCGCCCGUUCUAGCCGACCCCCUAGCGCCCGUUCCAGCCGGCCCUCGCGCCCAUUCUAGCCGGCCCCUCGCGCCCGUUCCAGCCGGCCUUUGCGCCCGUUCUAGCCGGCCCCGUGCGCCCGUUCUUGGCCGGCCCUCGAGCCCGUUCCAGCCGGCCCUCGCGCCCGUUCUAGUCGGCCCCUCGUGCCCGUUCCUCGCCGGCCUCUAGCGCCCGUUCCUGCCGGCCCCUCGCGCCCGUUCU